UCCGCCGCCGCCGCCAUGCCGGGCUUCGCUCAGCGUCUCGCGGGCAUCCCGUGGCGGAGCAUCGCGAGGCAAGGCCUCUCCCGCGUGUUCCUGGUGGCGAAGGCCUACUGCGUGAUCCACAUCGCCAACGAGCACCUCUGCUCGGUCGCUUUAGUGCGGGGCGCCAGCAUGCUGCCGGCCCUGAACCUGGCGGACGACGUGGUGGCGGUGGACAGGGUCAGCGUGAGGUUCGGCCGGGUCGCGCCGGCGGACAUCGUGCUGAUGAUCUCCCCCGAGGACCCGCGCAAGUGGCUCAUCAAGCGCGUCGUCGGGAUGCAGGGGGACUCCAUCACCUACCUUGUCGACCCCGGCAACAGCGAUUCCUCCAGAACCAUCGUGGUGAGUUGGUCACCACUGGGCUAG